AUGGGAAUAAAAUUUGAAUUUUUCCGAUUUUUUAAAUUAAAUUAUUACUCAUUUUAUACUAAAAAAGAAAAAAUAUAUACAUUUAUUCACACUAUAACUGCAUAUUCUCUAGUUGGCUUAACCGUUUAUUUAGGCUAUUCAUUUUUUAAUAUGUGGAAUGAAGCGGUACACUAUUCUUAUAAACAUUAUGUGAGAAAAGAGAAACAAAGAAAAGAGUUAUAUGAAAAAAUUAGGAAUGCACGAGACAGUGGUUUGAUUCCACACAGUGAAGUAUCCCAUUAA